UCUUCCGUUUCCAAUUAGAAAAUGCGUCUUUGUGUCGUGCUUCGUGAGGCCUGCCUCUCGAGUCUUUGUCUUUCGAGCGGAUGGUUCGAUCCAAGCCAAGGAAACGCAAGCAACUAGCUAGCUGCUCACAAUGGCUGAUGGUGAAGGAUAUGUGGUACGCAUUCGGGGACUCCCGUGGUCGUGCUCUGUGGAUGAAGUCCAGAGAUUUUUCUCAGAUUGUAAAAUUGCAAAUGGUGGCACAAGCAUUCACUUCACGUACACUCGUGAGGGACGGCCCAGCGGCGAAGCUUUCGUGGAACUGGAGACCGAGGAAGACCUUAAAAUCGCAGUCAAGAAGGACAGAGAAACCAUGGGCCACAGAUACGUGGAAGUGUUCAAGUCCAAUAAUGUGGAAAUGGACUGGGUUAUGAAGCACACGGGUCCAAACUGCCCAGAGACAGAAGGUGAUGGCCUGGUGCGGCUCCGUGGUCUGCCCUUUGGGUGCAGCAAAGAGGAGAUUGUCCAGUUCUUCUCAGGGUUGGAAAUCGUGCCAAAUGGGAUAACAUUGCCGGUGGACUUCCAGGGGAGGAGUACGGGGGAGGCCUUCGUGCAGUUUGCUUCACAGGAUAUAGCUGAAAAGGCUCUAAAGAAACACAAGGAAAGAAUAGGGCACAGGUACAUAGAGAUUUUCAAGAGCAGCCGUGCAGAGGUGCGGACACAUUACGAGCCCCCACGCAAAGCCAUGGGCAUGCAGCGUCCUGGCCCUUAUGACCGGCCUGGUGGAGGGCGUGGAUACAACAGCAUGGGCCGUGGAGGCUCCUUCGACCGCAUGCGACGGGGAGGCUAUGGCGGAAGUGUGUCUGAUGGGCGCUAUGGAGAUGGGGGCUCUGGCUUCCAGAGCACAACUGGACACUGUGUGCACAUGAGGGGCCUCCCAUACCGAGCUACAGAGACUGACAUCUACAGUUUCUUCUCUCCCCUGAAUCCAGUUCGUGUGCACAUUGAGAUUGGCCCAGAUGGGCGCGUGACUGGCGAGGCAGAUGUGGAGUUUGCAACUCAUGAGGAUGCUGUGGCUGCCAUGUCAAAAGACAAAGCCAACAUGCAACACCGUUACGUUGAGCUGUUCCUGAAUUCCACUGCAGGAGGAAACAAUGGAGCCUAUGGAAGUCAAAUGAUGGGUGCCAUCGCAAAUCAGUCAACUUAUGGACCCAGCAGCCAACAAAUGAACACUGGCUACAGCGGGGGCUACAGCAGCCAGACCAGUAUGGGGGGCUACAGUGACUAUAGUAAUCAGAGUGGAAUGAACAGCAGUUACUACGGUGGUGGCAGCAGGGGAUCUGUGGGCUUGAAUGGCUUGAACGGCAUGGGGGGAGGAUGGGGCAUGUAGGACAGUGGAACAGCAGUGAUGUGGUGCUGGGAUGCCAGCACUGAAGAUAAAGGGCUCUGUGGCUGCUCAGUGGUGUUGCUUUUUUUUUUUUGUGUUUUUCUUAUUUUUAUUUUUGGCUUUGCAUUAGGAGAUGGGUGGAGUUUCUGUAUAUAAAUUUGUCAAAAAGCAAUUUUCUACCACAUAUGAGAAAAUUAGAGGGAGGGGCCACACACAAUUCUCACAUUUUUGCUCCAGCACCUAAAGCUGUCAGGAUGCUUGUAGGAUCUAAUUAAGUACAUCUGAUGCAAAUUGGGGUAGAAAAGGUGAGACUUAGAAUAUGUCUUUCUGGAACCCUCUAUUCUCAGUAGAAAAACUUAGAUCAGACUACUCCAAAUAUUCUUUUGUAAAUAUGGUUGUUUUUGGAGUUAAAAAAUGUCCAGUUUUUUUUCCCUCUUGAGGUCAGUAAUCUUGAACUUCGUGUGAAAAUGAGUUUUUUUUUUUUUUAUAUUGUGAGAGCAUGUUAGAUUUGCCUUUUUAAUAAAUUUACAGGAUAUUUGGAUGUGAGGGUAUGUCUGAGAUGCAGCGCAAACUAAUCGUGUAUCUUCUGUAAUGGAAGCUUUAAUCCCUCCUAAAUGACUUUGUGAUUCUUGUAUUGCGCACACAGUAAAUAAACUGUUUCUGUGUAUGCA